GAAGAGAGAGAGACGGAGAGACAGACAGAGAGAAAGAGAGAGAGGUGGAGAAAAGAAAAAAAGACAAGACAUUCUCUCAGGUGAUCCGCUAUUCAUGAAAAAUUAUCUUGGCUUUACCCGCGCUGUGAGUUUCACCACUUCCCCACCCCCAAAGUGGGACCCCAGGUGCUUAACCUCCCUCCUGCCAGUUCUGCAUGGUCAUGACCUGUCAUCACGCCCCUUCCACAGCCCACCUCAUCCUAUUGGUCCUGCUCAUUGUCACUCCACAGCUGGUUGGCACCGCCCCUGUGCGGGGUGAAGGAGGCGAGGGAGGGGUGGAGGGGCGCACCCGGACAGACCACAAAGAGGACAGCAUCGCCCCCUUUCUCUCGCCCCCACCCCAGAUUCUCUCAAGCCCCGACAAUGUGUCCCUGGACCGGGGCCGGGGCCCGGGUCAUGAUCGCCAGUCAGAUAAGGUGACGGACCCUGUGCAGGUGCUCGCUGUUCUUUUGGAGGCCCUGGACCACCCGGAGGAGAGUGAAAUCCAGGCGAGCAGAGACUGGAGAGAGGAUCAGAGUCAGGAGCUGCCCUCCAUCGAAGGGUUGGAGGGUGGUGAGAUAAGGAGAGGACAGACAGUGGGAGACAGGGGGGUGGAGGAGGAGAGAGAGGGGCGAAGGGCUGAUAAGGCUAUUGAACAGCUAAUUGUGGGCCAUUUGACAGCUGCUCAGGGUGAUGACUUACAGGAAAGGGGGGAGGAUGAGGAUGAAAACACAAGGUCAGAGGAGGAUGCAGGGUGGUCUGUGGAGGAUGUGGGACCUGAUAGUGUAAGUGAGGAAGAAAGGAAAGAUGAAGAGGAGGGGCAGGAGGUAGGAAAGGAUUUAGAAAGUUUCUUAGACAAAGCCAGACUGAGUUCCACGUCACAAGGAGAUGAUUCCUCUCUGCAGCGCAAAAUAAGAGGCUACUUCCAAAAUAUUGACUUGGGUCUCCAAGAUAAUGAGAUCCUGCCUCCACUGAAGGGCUACAAGGCAUAUAACACUCAGCUGGCACGAGCCGGAAAGAAGCAGCACUGGCAGGAAAACCAGUCCCGCAACCAACCCGUCAAGGGGGGCAACUUCAUGGACGACUUUGAUGAUGAGGGUGAGGAGCUGGAGGAAGAGGUUGAGGAAGAGGAGGAGAGUCUCUCCCACAUGGAGGAGGAGGCGAGAGCACGUGCAGAGAAGCAGGAGGUGCUCAGGCAGCAGGAGGAGGCGGAGCGAGCCAGAGAAGAGGAGCAGAGGCUGGCAGACAUCGCUUCUGACAUGCUGCUGCAGUACAUGGGAAGGAAGCAGCAGUCUUACAUGAAGCCCCGUGAGAAAAGCAGCUUCGGGGCUGCGGGCAACACAGCCGAGGACAAGCGCUCCGAGGAGGUCCUCCCAGAUGAAGACGACCUAGACCAGCAAAUGAUCGACAGGCUGAUUGAGAUCAGCAGCAAGCUGCACCUGCCAGCUGAUGACGUGAUUGAGAUUAUUAGUGACGUGGAGGAGAAAAAGAAGAAAAGAAAAGAGCUGCAACAACAGCCAAUCAACAGCAACCCUGUUGCCCCUCGUUUCAGGCCUCUGGUACCUCCUCCUCUGGCAGCGCCACCUAUCUACCACUACACAGCCUCAAAAAACCCCAAGAAGAACCCCUAUAAGUACAACAAGUCCAACAAGAAAUGGCACAAGGACAAAGUCAAGUCAUACAAACAGGAAUAUUGGUAUAAGCCUCAGAAGCAGCUUGAUUAUUGGUACAAACCCCAGAAACAGUUUUUAGCCUUCCCUUCCUACCCAUACUACCAGAAGCCAUAUCGAGCAUACUACCCUGUUUAUUUCCCAUACCCCAAACCACAAUAUUAUGGCAAGCCCUCCCCCUCCAGAGACCAGCUCUUCGGCCCCCAGGAACUUGACCUCCAGGCCCCAAGGCGCAGGCACAGGGCUGGGGGUAAGAACCGUGGACAGGGCUGGAGGCAGCAGCCACCACCACGCCUGCCUCUCACCCCUUAUAUCUCUAACUAUAUCCUUCCUCACCCACGGACCUACCAACCCUUACCUCCCCCGAAACCCCUAACCACGCCAAGGAGAGGCAGGCGUCCCCCGUACUACUAUCCACAGAUCACACCAGGAGAUGACUAUGAGGAAGACGGGCUGGUGCCUCAGCUGGACAGUGAGGAGGAACUGGAGAACUUUAUUGAGAGGAUCUACAUGAAGCGCAGAAUGUAUUGAGAGACUUUUUGGACAUUUGUCAGAUCAGAGGGACAGACAGAGGUGGGGUAGAUAUACAGUAGCUUGAGAAAAGCUAAAAGAAAGAGAGGUGAAAAAAAAAGACUGAGAUGAGAUAUGUGUUAUGAGCCUGAUGAUGCACACACACACACACACACACACAC